CAUGAAUAACUCAGAUUCAGGACAAGACUCAUAAGAAGAAAAGCCAUUUGCAAUACCUAAAUAAAUCAAGGAUUUGAGAGCAUGUUAAUAUUGUGGAUUAUUAUUAACCUUGGAAUAAUGGAAUAAAAUUACUCAAUGUCUUAAUGGAUGUAGUGCUGAUUAAACUAAAAUAUUUUCUGGGUAUAUUAAUUAUUUAUAUAAAUUAGAAUCAUUUGUGUUAUGAAACCCUCAAAAAGUUGGGUAAUUAAAAAAUUAGGAAAUUCUAAAAAUAUUCAUCCUGGUUUAUAUGCUAUAGAUGUCUAAGCAGAAUGAG